ACUUGCACAGCCGGUCUCGCCAGUCCGCUUGUCACCGCAUCCUAACUUCGAUGUGGAAUAAAAACUUGAAUAUUUCAUAUAAAUAAAUAUUUAUAAAUUCAAAAAUACAUAUAGACAACUGUAUAUUUAAUAUAUAUGUACAUAAAAAUGUCCGAGGACAGCGAAAUAACCUGGGACACAAAAGUAAUUAAGUAGUAUAGAGUAAAAAAAAAACCAACAAGUAGUAAAAAAAAAAGUUGGCGAUGAGGAAGUGAAAGGUGUUUUAAAUUGUGUUGAAAGUCGUGAUGAGGAUUGUGUCACGGUUUGGAUACGAGUACUACGAGUACCGUGUUACUUGUAAGGAUUAUUUAUUAAUAAUAAUUACAAUAAUAAUAGUAAAUUAUUUAAAUAAUAAUAAUAAUAAUAUUCCCGGUAAAGUAAUUAAAAAAAGUGUAAUAAGUGAUUUUUACAAUAAAAAUACGACGCGGUGGCACGAUUGGAGGACUGGUGGUCUUGCAAGACUCAAGAGACCGGCGUCCUGGUCAUUAACCGGCACCUAACAAUGUCUGGAUCUAUAUAUUUUUAUUAAUUAUUAUAAAUAUUCAUUUUAUAUUUUUAUUUUAACGUAAAUAAUUUAAAGCGUAUAAAUAAAUUUUUAAAUAUUUUAAAUUUUUAAAUUAUUGUGUGAUUGAAAAAUAUUUUUUUGUGAUUUGUUUAAUAGUUAGUUGAUUUGUUUGAUGAUUUGUUGAUUCAUUAAUUGAUAAAUUAAUUUUUUUAAUUGAUGAAUUAAUAAAAGAGUUAUCAGUUGAUGUUGAGGGAGAAAAUGUGUUGGCUGGGUUUUUAUCGACUGAGUGUAAUUUUAUUAUUUAGUUGUAUUAUUUAUAAAUUAUAAUUGGUUUGUUAUGAAAUAAAAGUUUGGCGGGAAAUUUAAAAUGAAAAUGGGUGAUUCUGAGUGGUUUUAAUUUAUUGGGGGAGGGAGAGUGGAAUUGUUUAUAGUUGAGUGAUUUUUAUAAUUAACUGGUGGUCUACUAACUAUGCUCAAGUUUUUAACGCACAAACUGAGGACCCACUCGAUUAACGAGGAUCCGAAUCAUGAAAAGGUGGAUGAUGACCAUGACUCAGGAACAGAGUCUGAUGACGAGUUUCAAGAUGGAAUUGACGUUUCCAUCGAACCAUCGAGUCCAAUGGCAAGUUCAUCAAGUCCAGGGCUUACUGAUUCCGCAGUUCCAUCCGACACUGAUUUCGGUUGCCCACCACCACCGCCAGCUUUUGCAUUAAUUGGAACACCCAGUGAAGAGAUAGAGACGAAUACGUCGAAAAUUUCAAUAUCCAGCUUAGCAUCCCAACGUUUACCUGGGAAUAUCACUAGAAUAACAAGCUCUGCGUUGUCUUCAUGCAAAUCUCAUGACAAUAACUUACACCUGUCGAGUUACAACGAUCAGCACAGCUCUGAGGAAGAACUUGAAGUUAUAAAUAGUCCUAAAGUAAUAGCAUCCCAGGGUUGUAGACCAGCAACCGCACCAGAGAAACGUAAAUGGUCUCAAGUUAAUAAUACGAGCAGUAAUUUAAAGCAAACAACUCAUUGUAAUCAGUCGCAAGGACAACAGGGACAUAAUCAGACAAUUUCUGGUCCUAGUUCCUGUACUGGUGCUAGUACUAGUUCUGGAAUUGGUAAUUCUGGUCAUGGUAGUACUGGAGAUAUUACUGGGAUCGUUACGACAUGUUCUGCACCAGUUAGUAGAGCGGGUAGAGAACCUGGUUCUGGUUCAAGUGAUGAAGAGGUUCAAGGUCUAUUGGAUGAUAGUAGUGCCCUAUCACAACCAGUACAAUUUCGUACUUCGCCACCUGUAGACGCUCACAAACCCGGAAGAUCUCAAUCACCGCCGCCAAAACUUUUUCACGCAUCGACGAGGGAAACACGGCCACCACCUAGACCAAGAUCUAGGCCAAGGCAUCACCAUCUCUAUCAUCUUCAUCAUCAUCACCACCAUCAUCACCAUCAUCAGCAACACCAUUUUCAGCAGCCGCAGCAGCAACAGCAGUUUAAUGUAGAAAUGGACAUUGGUGAAUUGAGUGCGUGUAGUCCAAGGAAGAGACAUAGACCACCUCAUCGACAACCACGGCCUUGUUUAGAUUUUGAAAAAAUGCAACAGUUAAAAGCCCGUGCAGUGACUGCUUGGAGGCACAGUGGCGAGCAUGGAAGUGAACUUUCUGUUUUUUGUUGGUGAGAAUGGUGAACCGUGAACCAAAAAUCGAUAAAAAGAUUUCUGGUGAUCGGUUGAAAAAAAAUAAAAUGAAAAAAAAACUUUUUAACAAAUUUUUUUUUUUAAAUUAAACUCUAUAUAAAUAUAUAUAAUCUGUCCUUGAGAAAAGUAAACAAUUAAAAGUAAUAAUAAGCCAUUAAUAAUAAUUAUCAAGUAUGAAUUAUUUAUAAAUAAUGAAAUAAAAUUAAAAAGGCUUUAAUAUUAAUUAUGCAUCGACACAACUCAGACGUUGAGAAAAAAAAAAUUAAAUCCAUAUAUGAAAAUUAAUAAAUUGAGAGAAUAAAAAAAGUGUGGAAUUAAAAAGUCGAAUAAUAAUAAUAGUGACAAAAAAAAUAUGAACGUGAAAAUAUGGAUUAUCAUUGCACGCGUGCGCACUUAUUUAAUUCUUUAUGUGCAUACAAAUAAAAAAAUUUGUACAUACCUAUUUAAAUAAUAAUAAUAAUAAUAAUAAUAAUGAUAAUGAUAAUUAUGAUUUUAUUUUAAAAUUGAAGUAAUUUUUUUUUCUGAUUUUUAUGGGAGUGAAAGAAAAUUUUAAGUGAAUUCAGGGAGAUAAAAAAAUUAGAAGGAUUUAAAAUUAAAAAAAAAUUAUGAUGACUAUUUUGAUUAAGUAUCGCGUCACAGGAAAAUUCGUGAAUAAUUUUUGAAAAUAAUUUUAAAAAGAUGUACGAAAUUUUUUAUUACUGACACAAUGGGUUUCGUUAUUUUUCAGUGAGAUAUUUUUAUUAAAGUCUGUAGAAUUUUUAAAUUUUUAAAUUCUACGUAGCGAGUGAAAAAUUUUUUUUGUGGGAUGGAAUAUCAAUUAUCGAAAAAAAAUGUUGAGUUUAAAGUGUAAAGAAAAAAUGAUAAUUAAAAAUACUUUUAUUGAGUUUAAAAAUAUUAUUAAUAAAUACCCCGUACUAAAUUAUUUAGAUUUCGAUUAAUCAACAGUAGAUCUACGAAGAUCUGAUUUUUCAAAAAUUUAGAUCUUACUUCUAGCAGAUCUAUGGAAACCAAGAUCGAUCCCAUAAUUACCAUAGCUUUUUUUUUUUUUAAGAUAUUUAUGAUUUGUAGAAAUUCACGGAAAUUGUCAGAGAUCUCCAACGACCUCUGUAACUCUAAUAAAAACUUUGAUGUUUAUAACUUGUCGAUUUACGUAUAUCUGCAUAAAACUGCAUAGAUAUUUAUUGAUUUUAUUGUGAAAUCUUCGAAGAUCUACUGAAAUCAGUAGAGAGACCUUUGAAGAUUACCAAAGGUCUAAAAUCAUUGACGAUCUAAAAUCUGAAGAUAUCAUCAGAGACCUUUUAAGAUCUAUUCCUAAUUUUAGAUCUACAUAGAUCUACUGUAAUAAAUAUCUAAGCUCAUCCGCUGAGAAAAUCAAAGCUAAAAAACUAGAUAGAUUUAUUCGGACUUAAAACUGGACAUAAAAAAUUUAUUCUAACUUCUUUAAAAUUUAAAAAACCGGCAAUUUUAUUCGUUUAUUUUCUUGACAGUUUUCUAAUAAAAUUAAAUAUCUAUAUUUUCUAAUUAAUAACAACUUAUUAUUAUUAUUAUUAUUAUUAUUUUAAUAAAAAAAAUAUUGAAUAUUAAUUAUAAGAUGUAUGUAAAUACUAAUUACUAUGCAUGAUGGAGAAUAUUAAAAUAUAAAUAUAGACAUUUCCUGUAUAUAUUAUAUUAUAUAUUAUAUAUUAAGAAUUGUAUCGUUAUCUACAUUGUAUUAAAUUAUAAUUAUAACUACUAUAAUUAUUAUGAUUAUUAUUAUUAUUUAAUAAAAUAUUAAUAAUGUAUUAAUUAUGUGCACUUUAAAAAAGUAACAGAGUAUUAAAAAAAAAUUAAAUAAGGCAGGAAAAAUUUGAAAAUUCUCAGAACAAAUUUUUCCUUCUAAUUUGGGAUUAUAAAAAAAAUGUAUUUAUUAAAUUUCUUAUUAAAAUUUUUUUUCAAACAAUUUUAUUUAUUUUUAUUUAUUUAAUUUUUUUCUACCGUUAUUUGUGCUUCUCUCUAGUACUCAAAUUAAAUUUAAAAAAAAAAAAAUUCAACGAUUUCAAAUUCAAAAAAGUGGUGAAGUUUUAUUUUCACUUUAAAUUAUUAUUCUGGCUUAAGUAUUGCAGACACGGCAAAAAUCAUAAUGAAUAAUUUUGCAGAGAAUUUAAUUUGCUAUCAAUAAUGUCCUAUUAAAUUUUUCAGUGAAUUCAAUAGUUUAUGCGUUAUUUUAAUUUAAAAAAAAAUGAAAAUUUUAUUUUUACUCCUUAAGUUUAAGAAACUGUAAAUUCGAAUACUGGUUUAACUAUCAGAAAUAGUAUGAAAAUUACUGAUAACAAUUUUGUGUAAAAUUAAAUUCUCUAAAAGAAAGGUUCUGUUGACUUUUGCUCCAAGUUUGAUAGUUUAGUCAUAAUUUUAAUUUAAUUGGUGAACUUUAAUUUCAUCACAUUUAAAACUUUUUUUUAUUUUUUAAUAAAAAAAAAAUUUCCACUAGAAUUUACGGUAGAUUUAGAAACUUUUUGUAUAAAAAUAAACAUAUAAAUAAAUGAAUAAAAAGACGUGACAUAUUUAAAUAUUUAAAAAUAAAAAUAAUAGCAAAUAUUUUGAGCUACGCUUCCAUGUAAUUAUUCGUAUAUAUGUAACCCCGUAGUAUAGUAUUUAAAUUUAAUUGUAAGUAGACAAAAAAAAUAAUUAAAAAAACUUUAGAUUGAUAAAAAUUAAAUUUAAAUAAUUAAAAGUGUACACAUUUUAAAUAAUUUCGGUUUAUAAAAUUUUUUUUACGGCACGAAUUUGAUUUUUAGGAAUAGCUUCACUUGUACCAAAAAAAAAAAUCUACAACUCUAAAAUUCUACCGAUUCAAAAGUCUAUCAAUAACUCUCGACUAUAAUAAAAGACUCCCAAUUAUGAACUCUACCAUUUUUAAUUCUCUACUUUUUUGAAUCGUUCCCAUUUUAAGUUCUGCUUCAAUAAAACGCUACCAAACAAAAUACUACUCUUAAAAUAUGAAUCAAUGAAAAGGACUCCAAUUAGGGAACCCUGGUAGAAAUUUAUAAUGGUAGUGGUUUACUGUGGUAAAGAUUUCGAAUUAUCGAAUUUUAUUACGGUACUCUCUUAAAAUGAAUUAGUGAAAAGUACUGCACAUCAAUUAAUAUUCACUGCGAAUCAGUCCCAAGAAUAUCACUGAUUGAAUUAGUGAUAUACUUGAAACUAUUUGAAUAGUGAAUAGCUUCCCUCACGUUCCAUCCGCAGACGUUAAAUCCACGACGUUAUACAUCGGUAAUGUGCCCUUUGUUCGAAGGUUUUGUAUGUGUGUAAUUACAAUAGUAUGUUAACAUACCCACGCUUGCAAUGCUACUGAAAAAAUUAAAUGAGUAAAUAAAGUAAAUAAAUUAUUAUAAAGUCGCGGAUUCAAUUUCUGCGGGCAAACAUUCGUGAUGCCUUCUACCAGACAGUCCACAAUAAAAAUUUUUCGACAUCGAAAUUAAAGGGUCACGAAGGGAAAAAAACUCCUGUAAAUCUAAAAUUUACCAAAUACUCCUGACAAUUUCUACUCUCUUAAAAUGAAUCAGUCAAAAGUACUUCAAUCAGUUAAUAUUUAUUGCACGAAUAGUCCCGAGUAUAUCGCUAAUUCGAUCAGUAAUAUAUUUGGGACUAAUUCGCGGUGAAUAUUUACUGAUUUGCAGGACUUAUCACGGAUUUAUUUUAAAAAGGUGGAAAUUGUCAGAAGUACAUGGUGAUUUUUAUACAUACAGGAAUUUUUUUGUCCUUGUGGUUCUCCAAGUCAGACAUCGGGAAAUUUAUUUUUGUAGACUGUCUGGUAGAAAUUUAUAUUGGUAGAGAUUUAUAAUAGUAGAGCAUAUUGUGGUAGAGAUUUUAAAUUUUCAAAUUCUAUGAUGAAAGUAUUUUGGUUGGUAGAGAUUUAAAAAGAGUAGAGUUUAUAAUUGAGAGUAUUUUAUUAUGGUAGAGAAUUAUUAGUAGACUUUUAAAUUGGAAGAAUUUUCGAAUAGUAGAUUUUUUUUUUUUUGGUACAAGUCAAGCCGUGUCGGUUUUUUAAUUAUUUGUUAGACUAAAAAUUGAAAUUUUUUAAAAAGAAAAAAAAAAAAAAAUUUUUUUUAAAUUCGGAAAAAAUAAUUAAAAUCUAACGAGAUCUGAUUAAAUCAACGAGUUUAAUUUUUUAAAUUUUAAGAUCUACAUGGAUCUUAAUAGAUUUGUUUGAAUUUAUAUAGAUCUUGAAUUUUUACAAAUUUAUUUUUUUUAAAAUCGAACAAUGAAUUUUUUUCAUUUUGAUAACGUUUUUUUUAUUUUAGCCGAAGAUCUACGUAAAUCUCUAUAGAUCUAUAAAAUAAAAUUGAUUUGAUGUUUGAGUAAAAUUACAAGACAGAUCUCUGGAGAUCAAACUAAUUUUUUUUUUUUUUUUUUAAUUAAAUACGUGUGCAUUUAAUUAUUAAUUCAAUUUUUUUUAAAUUUUACUUUGUCUUAAAUUAUCAUGUUCUAAUUUUCAAACUCGAGCCAUAAAAAAAUUUUUUACUAAAAAAAAUAUUUAAAACAAAAAAAAAUUAUUUUCGAAUUUAUUAAAAUUUAAUAUUUUAAAAAAUUAAACAUUAUAAUAAUAAAUGUACAGAAUUGAUUAAAAAUAAAAAUAUAUAAUAAUUAUAAAAAAAAUUAAAGUGUAAAAAUGAGUAAAAAAAAGUUGAGACAAGCCUCGAAGCUAAAAACUAGAUCUCGAUUCUAGAUCACAUCGAGUCUCAUCACCCACUGUGAUAGGACUAUUUAUUAUCUCAAAAUAAGUAGUAAUUAUUUAUCUCUCUUUCUCUUUAUAACUCUAACUAAUUCAUUUUUUUUUUAAUUACAAAUUAUGUUCAUUAUUAAUAUUUCCGUCCUAAAAGAUCUCAAAGUAAUAAAAUCUAAAUUAUCAAAUUUUUCGAAUAAUUAAUUUUUUUUUUAUUCUGUCAAUAUUUUACUGGAUGUUUAAUUCUUUGACUUUUAAUUUAAAAAAAAAAAACGUUUAUAUUUUUGAAAAACUAACUAUCAUAAAAUUUAAUAAGUAUCAAUAUUAUUAAUUAUUAUUGUGAUCUGUAGAAAAAAUAAUUGUAGUAACAUUUUUAAUCGAGUAUAAAUUGAUAAAAAAAAAAUAACAAAAUGGUAAAAAGUUCUUGAGUAGAAGCACAGAAAACGCGUUAUAGUUUAGGGCGUAAAAAAUCUUGUAAAAAAAUAUCACUAUUUAUAAAAAAUUUUAAGUUUACACAGUGGGUCAGAUUAUUAUCAUUGAAUAAAUAAUUAAAAAUUAUUAAAGACAAAUAUAUCGUAGUUAAUAAUUAAAUAAUUAUUUAUUAGGAACAAUAAUAAGUAACUCUUGGGUAUGAUUGCUGCAAGUAUUUUAAAAAGUACAAGAGCUUAUGGGUUUUACGGGGCCUUAUUCAAAUACCACAAGGCGCUAAAAGUCGAUAAAUUUAACCUGUCGGUACGUUUUAUUACCAGACCGCAAUAGCAUUUAAAUUUAAUAGUUUUUUUAUUUUUUUUAGUUAAGUAAAAGCUCUUGUUACUUGAAUUAUAUUUUAGCGUGAGUUUAUUCGAACAAACCCAGGCCCACUUUUUUUUUGUAACCGUUAAUUUAUUUAAAUACCGCGGGACAUUAAUAUUUAAAUACUAUCACUAUUAUUUAAAUAUAAUUGUUUAUUUAUUAUUAUUCAUAAUUUAUUUGGUCACCGUAUAAAUUUAAAAAUAAUAAUUAUUUACAUUCAUAAUUCCCAAUUAUAAAUAAUUAAACUCAGGCCUGAGGCGUCGCGCUCAAUCUACAAGCAGUCGUGCAUUCGAAUUCGGUCGUGUAUUUUUAUUUUAAAAAAUUAAUUAUUUGUCAAUGCAUAAUUAUAAAGUUUUUAUGAAAAAAAAAAAAAUAA